AUGACUCUUUCCUGCCCUAACUGGCUUCGCGUAUUCCUCCUCGUCCUGGAGAUCGCGGUGUUCUUACCCCAGCUCUUGCGCAUUUGGGUUCAAAAGACGAGCACCGGCCUCUCCCUCAUCUACAUAUUCUUGAAUCUCCUUAGUGCCACCGAACGGUUUACCGUCGGUUUCUCGGCAGUUGUCAACUUGACCAUCGCCGGCGCCGAUGCGCCAGCCUUUUUCGUCCAUGAUCCGAGAACAGUGGGAGAUUGGCUGAAUUUGUUGCAGCUAGCUUCAUUCUAUGUCUCACCUAUCCCCCUCCUCGCUCCCCCUACGCCAGUCAGCCUGAUCUCCAUCGUCCCACUUUUCACCGACGCUCUCUUCCCCUCCAUUUUCCACGAACCGGGUGAACGUGAACUCGAUUUGGGGGUGGCCAUAUUUAUGGGGUUCCAUCUCUUUUACCUCAAUACCAUAUUCACACUUCUCAGCAUCUGCUCGAUUAUUCCUCAGGCCGUCCAAUUCCGCUCGCUAUCGUUGAAUCUCGGUGUGGUGAGAGUGCGGGACUGCGCUCUCCAAGGGGUAGUAUUGGCCAUGUUAACUGUGUCGUGGGUGUUCCGAGUGAAACUCCCGGAUGGAGUCGAUGUCCUAACGCCGUUCCGAUCCAUUAUUUGGGAGAAGGAGAGUGGGUGGUAA